AUGGGGUUUCGGACGUUUUCCGAAGAGCCCAUUGCAGAGUCUGAGUCUGCUCCGUCUGCUCCUCCUGAGCCUCAGCCUCCUUCCGUGCUAUCCCUACUUCUGCAGCCUGCAAACACUGCAGGCCCCGCUGAGGCAGGGGACACUGAAGAGGCUCCUGAUGGUGCCGGUGUAGGGGACGAUGUAGCGGAUCUUCUUUGGGAUGUGCAGGUCUCGACAAAAGGCAAGGCCAUCCGAAGGCGCCCCAUGACCGAGAUUCUGAUGGGAAAACUCUGCUAUUCCUUGAGCUCCACAGCGGCCGUGGCUGAGGUGGUGCAAACUGUGCUUCGAAUGAUGGAUGUGCUGGCUGAGAACACGAACCAAGAAGACGUGAAUCCCUCCAAGAGCCACGUGCGAACGAUUCUCGUGAAGCUGGAUUGUUUGCACAGCUUGAGCCGGAGGGUUUUCGCGAAGCCGAACCAGCCAGAUCGAAGAACGGUCAGGUUUUUGUCGGCAGACAGCAGUCCGCAAGCAAACUACGACUACUUCCUGGUCACAGAAGAAUUGAUGACUAGAGACAGUGUCCAUCGUGUGCCAGUGGAUGCAAGCGGGCAAGUAGAUCCGUGGAGAGGGUUCGCCGUGGAACGGAGGACCAUGGUAGUGACCACCAUCGCUCGAGGUGAGAGCUCGGCAGCUCUGAAGACCAUGCGAGUUCUGCACAUCAUAUGCCUGGAGAACACAGCGGUUGCUCUCCCACAGUAUAGAGGUGAAGUGAGAGUUUUCUUGUCGGAUCAGGGAACGGAGCGGUUGAUCUGCAAAUACCCCUUAGAUACUGCAGCCAACGUCAGGGAGGCAGUGCGGGGAUUUGCCAGGGACACAGGAGCUGCCGCCGCCGCCGCACAUGAGAGGGUUAAGAUGCUCGAUGCGGGGGCGGGCACAGCAGCAGACAAGCAGGCGUUGCAUAGCUUCCGCGACAACCUCCUCGAAUGGAGAUGGGACAGUUUGCAUCGUGUCCUGAGCCAGUGGGCCCCUCUUCGGUUGGUGCUUCUGAGGCACUGGAAGCCGCAUGAAUUUGGUGAUAGUGCGGCCAUGAUCACAGAGAUCCUUGAAGAUAGCAUGCAUGGCUGGAUGGUUGUGUGGGCUGGGAAGUUCGCGGAGGCGGCAACCCGGCUUGCACAUUGGAUCGAGGGAUGUGCGUGUCAUCAGGAUUUAUUGGUUUCCCAGCCAGCCUCCAAACGGCGAAAGACAAUGAUGGAAGAAACUGGAUCUGCCACUUGUUGCUGGAAGGGGAAGAGGCUUCCAGAGCUGGCCUGCGGGAAGAUGACGGACCUCAUCCAGUACUUUACAAACCAGGCCCGCACAGAGUACAUCUCGGAGAUGCUCGCUGCACCGGCUGAUGUCCGAGCACGUGUUACGGCGAUAGAUGCACUCGCGACAGAGCAACUUCGCGUGGUCCUCGAGCAGAAGUUUGCAUAUGCACAGACCAUCCCUUGGGUGCUCUGUGCAGCAUAUGGGGGGUACACUGGCAUCCCCUGGGCUCGUUGCAAGGCCGCCAUUUCGGAAGGCUUUCGUCAGUAUUCCCAGGCGACAACAGGUGGUGCUUUUGUGGAUGCAGUGUCCUUUGGAGCCUUUUCCGGUCAGACGUUGGAAAGCCGGCAGCUGAAAGCUUUUGCAGACUCGGAGUUGCCCCUGCACCAUUAUGCCGAGGCGCGGACCAUGGUGCAAGAGUAUUCUUUCUGCAGCCUCGCAGAGCGAGGCACAGAGAGACAGCACUCCGAGAUUCGCAAUGCUGCGAGGAGAGGCCAGCGAUAUGCCGGCCCUGCGGUUGUUGCGAGCCGGAAGCGAGAGAAGCAGGUCGUGGCCAUGAUUGAUGAUCCCCAGCAGCUGCAGUUUCUUGUAGCACACUGGCGUGAUAGGCAGAUCUGGGAAAACCUGCUUGAGCAUUGCUUGCCGAAGCAAACAGUCAGGCGAAUGACAGUUGUGCAGAGAUUGGCGAAGGUGUAUGCAUACCACCCAGACCAGCACUUCAUGGACGUGAGCGAGGAGGCAACUGCCCAGGCCGUGUACCAAAAGGCGUUGCUGGAUGCCUCGGCUGCUGCCCGCACGGAAGACUCCGUGCCGUUGAAGCUGGACCCAGCCCCUCAUCAGAUUGUGCACUUCCUGAAGAGCCAUCUCCGGAACGGCAGCCUGGUGUCGCUGGGUGAGGAGGCCUUCCAGCUUGCCCUCCGUUACACACCCAGGCAGCCGGAAGAGGAGGCAGAUGUGCCAUGCAAGGAGAUGCUGUCUCAGGACUUGUGGCUGAGCUUGCGAACAGAAAUGGUCGUGCCAGCAGUUUCCUUGGAUCCGUACUUUUUCACGGUGCUGGAUGCUCGACCCGAGCAGCGGAAGGAUGUUCGGGCGGAUCGGGGCCGCAGCAAAAGCAGCAUACUUGUGAUGUUGCACACACAUGUCCGAGUUCUGUCGGACACAGAAGUGCGGGUACAGUCCAGCGGGAACAGGCAAGAGUUUCUGGAGCUGGCGAGCUUCUGUAACCAAGCACGGAUGCAGGUGUUCAUGCAUUCGUGCCGGGUUUGGACUCCGAAGGCUUCCGACGUCAGCUUGAACGUGUUGACUGCAGGUGCAUGCCGGCAACCAGACCUCGUGCCCAUCCCAGAUUUCAUCCAGGAUCAUGAGCCUGCCGCAAGCUUCAGCAACCAGCUUCGGCGGAGGCAGGCCGACAUGCAGGUCGUCGAACACGAGCCGGAUCGUGUACGAAUUUCUGCUGAAGCCAUUGUCCUCUUGAAGGCCGAGGAGGAUCUGUUGCAUGAGCUUCUUCGUCACGGGGCUUUGGGAGGGCGUUAUGUUUCGGUGGAUGAUUUGUCGGAAUUCAAUGCUGCUGCUGUUCAGAGACUGCAACAACAUGGCAUUCUUUCGGGUGAAGAGGGGGCAUUCGGCGACUUGACCUUGAGCAUCACCAGCAGCCUGCAGCUGCUGCCCGAAUGCACAUGGUCCGAACCAUUGGCGAUCUGGGAAUUGAGCCACUUCUUCUUAACCCGGGGAAAGGUUGCCCUGACAUCCAAAAUAGAAUAUUUCAGGUUGCUUUUUAAACAGGGGUGGAAGCCCCGCUGCGACGACGAGAGUGAGUUCUUUGAGUGGCACUGCCGUGAUGCCACUGCGGAGUUGCCUGCUCAGGGUCUUGGCAUGCCGUUGCCAUAUCUUCGCUGCUUGCUGACUUCUGUGUUGUUGUGGCAGAAGCCGGGCAACCUCCAGCGAAUCUUGGUGAACGGGCCUUCGAAGUACUAUGAGUACCUCAUGAGCUCGGCCGACCUGUCUGCAGUGGCAAAGUUGACGGCUGAAGAAAUUAGGCAGAAGUUUGCGGGCGCCCGCAAAGCACGUGCCACGGAUGCUGUGGACAGGGCCUUGGACAACGACCCAGAGCAAGAGGACGGAUACGAGGUACUGGCCGCUGCUGCUGCGGGUGUCGCAGCAGGUAGCGAGGUGCCUCCGUCCGAUCCGGAGCUCUUGCAGUUGAACAUGCCCAAGGAAAGCAGCAGAGCCAUCGUCGUGAAUGGCCGGAGCUGCCACGUGUAUUUUGACAAUUACACCCAUGCCUCCGGCCAGUUGCGAGCUUUUGUGCAGUGUGACAGACAUGUCAACUGCAGGUUGUAUGUCUUUGUGCACAAGGUGCAUGGCAAGGGUCGUGCUGUUGCCUACCUGCAGCGUUGGUUGCAGGAGGCCUCAGCCUAUCCUGGUCUAAAUGGCGACAGAUGCUCCUGCAUCCAAUGGGACUGGCUCACCCCUACCGCUGGGACGUCUUUGGCGACAGUGGGUGGGGCGGCUGGCUCCUACCACUGCGGCGCCUUUGGCGACAGUGGUUGGGGCGGCUGGCUCCUACCACUGCGGCGCCUUUGCCGACAGUGGGUGGGGCGGCUGUCUCCUACCACUGCGGCGCCUUUGGCGACAGUGGGUGGAUCGGCUAACUCCUACCACUGCGGCGCCUUUGGCGACAGUGGUGGGCGGCUGGCUCCUACCACUGCGGCGAUGCCGGAGCCAAAAAACAACGGAGGAGGCUCGAUGAAGCCACCAGAGCCGGCGAACCCUCCGAAAAACCACCAGCGCCAGGCUGCUAAGGCUCAGGCGAUCCAGGCCUCCGACUCGGAAUCCUACGAGAGUGAGUCGGAGGAGAAGAAGCGGCCAGGGAAGGCUCCUGAGGCUUCUGAGGCGGUGCCACCUUCAAGCGACGAUGACAUCGCUGACCGCCGGUCGCAGAGGCGGGACCAGCAAGAUGCCGCAGUGAAGACCAACAGCGGAUCCGGCGGCAAGAAGGGCGGCAAGAAGGGCGGCAAGAAGGGCGACAAGAAGGGCGACAAGGGGCCAAAGGGGGGCCGUGGCCACAGCCAGCAAAGGGACCCCGCCCAGCAGCCGCAGAACGAAGACGAGGAGUUUGGGCCCUUCAAUGAGAUUGGCAUUGCCAAGUUCAAGCUGUCCGAGCUGCCCCGCAACAGGCGGGGCCGUGUGACCUGCCCGGUCUGCGGGGUGCAAGUGCAUCCCGACGGCAUGAGCCUCCACCUCAUGCAUAACUCCCAUUGCCUUAACCGCCAGAACGGUGGGCAUGCACAGAGAACUUUCGUCUGCGGUUGCGGACGAAAGUUUUGGACGGAGUGGGACCUCCAGCAACACAGUAACCGUUGCACUUGGGCAGCGGGAGAGACUGAGCCGGAGGAGACAGCCGGGCCACAGCAAAGGCCAGUGCGCCUCAGGAGCCGUUCCCGCCGAUCCUCGCCCUCAUCGCGACGGGCCCGCAGCAAGCCGAGAAAGGAUCCCGGCGCCGAUGAUCAGCCGGGCCCGGGCUCCACAGGGGACUCCUCCGACCGUACACUCGGUGACCGACGCAUGGGUCUCCGAGUGUAUGCGGAUCUUGUCUCGUUGGGGAAGGAUUUGCUGCGAUAG